CAAAGGCAAUUUUGGAUCUACUUCAUCGUGCUCAACGGCCCCUUCUCUCAAACCGCCCCGCCCCGGCCAUGAGAAUACGCAAAAACGUUAAAAUCGCUCAGCUUCUCAAUGCGACGUCGUCCCUCAAGUCCUGCCCCCUCCUCCAACCUCAUAUCUGCCAGCUCAAUCAGUCGCCGUGGGACGUCAUCACCUUCUCUCCACCGUCGUCUCCUCCACCGCCGUUACAGUUGAUUGGGAGCAGUGAUGUUCGUGCUGGAAAUGGAAGCUCCGAGCAAUGCGUUUCCGUUUCUGAGAGAUCGGAAAUACCUAUUUUUUCUACUAUCGAUUAUAGGAAGCUUAGUGAUACGGCGGCGCCACCUCCACCACCGCCGCCGCCGCCAGAGGAAAAGGAAGCUAUCCUGUGCUGCAAAACCGACGGGAAGAGCUGGCAUUGCCAGAGGGAAACUGCCAAGGGAAAUUCCCUAUGCGAGCACCACUUAUCAAUGUCUAGAAACUACAGCAGCCCCGCCGCAACCAAAAAAUCCGCCAGGCCGAAGAGAGCUCCGGCAGCCGCGUCGUCAUCCAAUCCGCAUGAAUUUUACUACUAUUCGGGGUUCGGGCCGCGGUGGGGAAAGCGGAGAGGCGAAGAAACUCGUAAUGCUGAAACGGAGGAGGCGGCGAUCUCCUACACCGGCGACGAAGAGUUCGAUUUCUUCGCGGAUUACGAGGAUGAAGACGAGGAGGAGGAGGAGGAUGGCGAGGAAGAGGAGGAGCGAAGGGAUAAUGGGAAGAAGAAGAAAAGGGUGAGAAAGCCGAUCAAGGCUAGAUCUCUCAAAUCGCUAUUGUGAGGAUUAUGUUAGUUGUAAAAAAUGUAUGGUAUUUAUUUACUAUUUAUGCAAUUUCUAGUCCUCGUCGUUUUCUUUCAUUUUUAUUUAAAAAAAUAAAAUAUUAUCGACUUUGGAAUUUAUAGGUGACGGUUUUGGUGUUCUACCUUGGGUGAGGUUAAGGUUCACCCGGCCCCUUUUUAUUAAUGCCCCUAUGGCUAGAAUCUCGAGGGUAGAAUGGUCUUUCGACAAGUGU